AGUGUUAACGCAUUUAUUUAGGUCGCUUCUUGCAUUGGUAGUAUCAGCUGAUUUCUACUAAUAAAAACCCCUCUUCAAGCGAGUUUUUAUAUUGUGGCAUAAGAUGUCAUUGGCGUCGAAAUUUUUUUCAACUUUUAUUCAAAGUAGCCAACGAGCCAUAAUUUGGAGAAAUGCUCCUUGUCAGAGCAUUCGUAAUUUUCAUAUUAUGGUUAAACCCAUACCAAUGAGUUUGUGUCUUCCGAAGAUGCCGAUGGCUUGCGAUGUUAUCACACCUACAUCUUUAGCGUCGGGAAUUCAACGAUUGUUGACACCAAUUUCUACGGUUCUUCAUCAAGUGGCAGGAUUCAAAGUGAAAGGUCGUCUCAAGCGGCGUUGUAAAGAUUGCUACUUUGUUAUACGGCAACAACGUCAUUAUGUCAUCUGUCCCACGCAUCGUCGCCAUAAACAAAUGUCCAUGAAGAAACGCGACUAUAAAUCAUGGAUCCUCACACAUGCUACACAAUCAAGAGUGAGGCCUUAUUAAAAAUGUGCGCAUGAAAAAUUGAUUAUUGUUCCAAUAAAUGUUUGUUUGAACUGUU